UAUUAUUUUUCUUUAAAUUCUGGGCAUGUUUUUAUUUGAUUCAAAAAUUAAUUGGUUUGCUCAAGUUAUUUGCAAUAUAAAUGGACCAAUUGAAUAAGUCUUUAACGCCAGUGCGUUUUGUUGACAGCCAGCGCGUGCAGUCACCGGCGAUUAAGCACGACGCCAACUUGGCCAGCUGUAAGGCUAAGCUGCAAGGGCUGGUAGCUAACCUGCAGGCUAAUUAUGCCAAAUGGCAAAUGGCUCAACAGCGGGGCACGUCCCUCUGCUACGCGAUUGAGGCGCGAAAGACGCGUUGCUACGAUAAUGCAGAUAACGGCUAUUUUCCAGAGGAUCUGCAUAUGAGCUGCGACAAAUUGGCCAUUAUUACGUCGAUAUUUGUUGAUAUAUUUACAAACACGCGUGAGAUUUUGCGACAACUGCGUGGAUUGACUUUGCUAGCGGGCAUUACAUCAAAUGUGAUAUUUUAUAGAACUUGGAAGUUGACAGAGUUUGUGUCCUUCACCGAGGAACUGGUAAAGCGUUACAGACAGGAAUCGAUGGUAAAACAGCAUGUGAUGCGUAAUAUAGCCCACUCCACAAGUAGAGCUCAACUAAUUGCCCAUACUACGAAGUGGGAGUUUCCAGAGCAUGUUGAUGCCUAUGUGAACUUGGUGUUUCUGCUGCUUGCCGAGGAGGUUAAACCAUAGAACAACAGUACAUGUAUGAUAGUUUGUAAACUAAAUAUUAGUAAAUCUGAAAAUGUUAUUUUGUACAUUAAA